AUCUCUCGUACCAAAAGAAGCGCGACGUGGACCAAGUUUAGAGAAAGACCUUUGCACUUUUUAUGUUUUCUCAAUUGAGAAAUUUGUCCAUUUAACAUAGUGAGUGUCUACUAUUAUCAACACAGAAAAGGAAGAGAAAUUGCUUAUUGAAAAUCAGGAGUCGAAUUUCGAAUUAGUAUAAAAAAUUGUUCGAUACGAGGGACAGAAGACUUGAAAUUUGAGAUCGAAAUAGAGUUUUGAAAAAUAUUUUUCGUACUUAAAAGUAAUCAGAUCAGUUCUCAUCCAGAAGAGUUGAGCAAAGUUGUGGAUACAAAGAAACUAUUAUCACACACACAAAAAGAGAAAGAAAGAAAUGGCUAUUGUUGCUAUUAGUUCCCUUAUGAUCACCAUACAACAAUCAAUGCAAGUGACUGGAUGUAAUUUGGAAUUGUUCUACGAAAAGCUUGCAUCGUUGAUAGCUGUUAUGGAGAAACCUAGCAGCAUAACAGGCGAUCUCGAGGCAUUGGCAAGCUUGGAAUUACAAAUCGUGGAGGUUGCAUAUAGAGCAGAAAAGGAGAUUGACUCUAAAUCAAUAGAAGUUGUACGCGCAAAAACAGAUACUUUGCGAGGCAGAGCUUUUUGGAAACUGAGUUGUUUCUUGGAACAAGUGGUAGAAAACAUAGAUUCCAUCAUGAAGGAGUGGAUGGCAAUCCGGGAUGGGUGCAACAACAUGAAAGAGUAUAUGAUUGUCUCAGAAUCGAGCAAAAGUUUUUUGGCAAAAACUGAAAUGAGACAAGGACUAACGUUUUGGAAACGAGCAGUAGGACACGUUGAUUCGAUGAUGAACAAGUGGAGAAAGAAGCAGAGCAUUUGCACCAAAAGCAAAGAUGUAGAAGCACAGAAUUUGACUCUUGGGAGUACAUCUCGACAUUCCUUGGAGCAUGAGAAUGUGAUGGUUGGCCAUGAAAAUGAAUUCGAGAUGAUGCAAGAUCAACUUACUAGAGGUGCCAGUGAUCUUGAAGUUGUCUCAAUUGUUGGAAUGGGUGGCAUAGGUAAGACAACUUUGGCUAACAAAAUUUACACUGACCCGUUCGUUAUGUCUUGUUUUGAUAAACGUGCAAAAGUCACCAUCUCACAAGAUUAUUGUGUGAGAAAUGUACUCCUACGUCUUCUUUCUUCCAUAAGUGGAAAGACUCAUCAAACUUAUGAGGAGCAAGAUGAUGGGCAACUAGCAGACCAGUUGCAAAAGCUUCUAAAAGGCCCGAGGUACUUGGUAGUCAUUGAUGACAUUUGGACUACUGGAGCUUGGGAUGAUAUAAAACUAUGUUUCCCAGACUGUAAUUGUAGAAGUCGAAUACUCAUGACUACUCGGAAUAUGGAGGUGGCUGAAUAUGCUAGCUCAGGUAGUCCUCCUUAUCAAAUGCGCCUCAUGAAUUUUGAUGAAAGUUGGAGUUUAUUGUAUGAAAAGGUCUUUGCGAGAGGAUUUUUCCCUCAUGAAUUUGAACAACUUGGGAAACAAAUUGCAUCAAAAUGCAAAGGGUUACCUCUAAUGAUUGUUGUUAUAGCUGGACUUCUUUCCAAAAUUGGUAACAGAUUGGAUCGAUGGAGAAGUGUUGCUGAGAAUGUAAGUUCAGUGAUGAACACAGAUCUUGAUGUCCAAUGCAUGAGAGUAUUGGCUUUGAGUUACUAUCACUUGCCUCAUCACCUAAGAGCGUGCUUUCUGUAUUUUGCACUCUUCCCAGAGGAUAAAUUGAUUUUUGUGAAUGAACUUGUGAAAUUAUGGGCAGCAGAAGGUUUUCUGAAGGUAGACGAGACGAAAAGCAUGGAACAAGUGGCUAAACAAAGUCUAAAAGAUCUUGUAGAUAGAAGUUUAGUUUUCAUCCAAAGGGUGAGUAGUUUUGAUGGAAAAAUAAAAGCUUGUGGAAUGCAUGAUGUGAUCCGUGAACUCUGCUUGAGAGAAGCUCGAAAAAUAAACUUUGUGAAUGUUAUAAUGGACAAUCAAAAUCCAAGUGAACAAGCCAAACAUUUUUCAACAACGAGAGUUCGGAUCAGUAUCCAAUCAAAGCAAUCGAAAACUGUUGUCAAUCGGUUGUCUAUGGUUCGCAAUGAUGAUUCCUGCUCUAUUGUCCUUUCUGUUGAUGAUCCCUCAAGCUCAAACAUGAUGCAAGCAUUGAAGCGUUUCAAGGUACUAAGAGUCCUAGAUCUUGCUUCGUCGACUUUGAAUGCUUUUCCCAGUUGUAUAGUUGAACUGUUUCAUUUGCGAUACCUAGCUCUGAGUGUUUACUCGUCCACUGAUGAUCGAGGUAUUGACAUUCCACCAUCAAUAGCUAGCCUUCAGUAUUUGCAAACUUUAAUACUCAAGUCUCCAACAUCUCUUGCGUGGAAGUAUUCUCGCCCUUUCAUAUUACCAUCAGAAAUUUUCAAAAUGUCUCAAUUGAGACACCUCUCUUUAGACUGGAAUUACUUGAAGCAACAUGAGUCUAUAGAGAGAAGUUGGCUUCUGAGAAAUUUGCAGUGUUUGUCCGGAUGGAAUCCUUUAUCGUGUACUUCUUCGAUCUUUAGACUACUUCCCAAUGUAAAGAAGUUGCAGAUAUAUGGCAUUCAAGAAGGCUACAUAAGAAGUAACAAGGAUGAGGUCUUCCAUUCUCUUUGCUACUUAGAUCAGCUUAAGGAAUUGGACUUUAAGAUGAAAAAGACAGCUAUUGUAAGACCAAUGUUUCCUACACGUUUGAUUCUUCCUUCUAUAGGUACAUUUUUGAAGAACCUUAAGAAGUUAGCUUUUAGAGGUACUCGGUUGCAUUGGAAGGAUUUGGAGAUUCUUGGUAAGUUGCCUAAACUCAAGGCCCUCAAACUAGGAUAUGAUGCCUGCCUUGGUACUGAUUGGGAAGUAGGUGAGGAAGGGUUUCCACACUUGAAGUUCUUGCGAUUGAAGCAGUUGUACUUGCAUAAAUGGAUAGCUAGUAGUGAUCACUUUCCAUGCCUUGAACGACUAGUCAUUAACCGUUGUUGGAGCAUGUAUUCGAUCCCACAGGACUUUGUAGACAUAACCACUCUUCAGCUGAUUCAUGUAAGUGACUCUGCAAAAUCUGUUGGGAACUCCGCCAAGAUGAUUCAGCAGGAAAUUGAAGACAACUAUGGAAGUUCUGUUGAGGUCUGUAUCAGUUAGUCCUUUCAAUUAAACCUAUCUUUUUAGUUGAUUUACUUAAGAAGGCCUUCAUUCUCAUUUUGUAUUUUAGUACUUUUUUGUACUUCAAAGCUUAUAUGAGAAGUUAGUUCUGUUCAAUCAAUACAAACCAGUUGUUUACAAUCACUAUAUGAGAAGUUUUCAUUUCCUUCUUGUUUAUACAAACUGUCACAAGUAAUGUGAUCUCUAAAAUUUAGAAAAUAGAAAUCAAUGCAAAGUACUUUCUUUUAAUUAUUUCUUGAAACAAUUAAGUUAGCUUCCAUCACAUUUCCAGCUUGGUCCAGUCUUAUAUCAACCAGCUAGAAAGUGCAGCUCUAGUUUUUGUGUUAUGCUUAAGCAUAUCCCGUGAGAUAUGUCAUGUAGGAUGCGUGCUUCUACUUAUUUAAAUUUAUGAUAGUUUAAGUGCAUAUUUGCGUACAUUCAAAGUUGGAGCGCAUAUAUAUCAGCUGAAGCCAAGUUAAAAGGUACAUUUAUAUAUUAUGUCAAAUGGGAUGAGUUGGAGUAUAUAGUUGUCGGUUGAGACUAAAUUGAGAUGUCUAGAUGUACACUUUCGGAGUGUUCACUUGCCAGCCAGUUGAGGCAAGUUUGAAACAAAAACAUCCAGCUAGAGACUAUUUCGAUGCAUUGAAAAGCUUGGAAGCAGAAAUCACAAAGGUAUCAUUCAUCACAGAAGAUACAAAUAUACAAUUGAUUUUGAAUCAAGAGAAGUUCUCUUAGCAAAAAAAUCGAAUUUCACCAAACAUAGCUGUUUGGCAACUUCAUUUCCUCUUGAAAGGCGCAUUGAUUUGAUCAUGAAGCAGUGGAUGGGAAUGCCAACAGCAAAGAUUUGAAACCACAAAAUCUGACUCUCUCUAGUACAUAUCAACAUGUCGUGGAGCCUGAAGAUACGAUGGAUGGCCUUGAAAAAGAGUUCUAGCUGAUGCAGGCAGGAUCAACUUAGAAACUGUGUCGACAAGACAACUUUGGCUAACAGAAUUUACAGUGAUCCAUUCAUUAUGUCUCCCUUUGAUAUCCGCGCAGAAACAACUACAUUGUGAGAGAAAUGUACUCUAAGACCUUCUUUGAAUGCCAUGACCAGCAAGGAUGAUGGGCAACUAGCAUCCCGACUUCAAAAGCUUCUAAAAGGCAGAGUCAUCGAUGACAUAUGGACUACAAGAGCUUGGGAUGAUAUAAAACUAUGUUUUGUAGACUGUAAUUCGGAAUGUGGAAGUGGCUGAACAUGCUAGCUCAGAACCUUCAAAUGUAAGUACUUCAGAAGAGCCUCUGGAGUCUUGGAGGCUGAAAAUGAGGCAGGGUUCAACAACGCGUCUUCUAAGUACAUAUGUGGUUGUUACGUGCACAAUGUAUUGGAAAUUCCGCCAUGAAGAUUCAACAGAACAUUGAAGACAACAAUGCAAGUUCUGUUGAGGUCCAUAUCAUGAGUUAUUAGCCUUGUAAGACGACAUCUUCUUCCUCGAUUUACUUCUUAUAACAAUUGAUACUUGUAAGUUGCAUCUGUGUUUCCAAAUACUAACGCGAAAGAAAUGAUACUACAUUUCAUCCUUUAUGUCUGGCUACUUUAUCUACAGGAUGAAACAUGUAGGUGUGGUCAAUGAAGCGCGUGAAAACCAUGGGAUUGUUAUCUGUUCAAGGACGAUUCACAAUCUCUACUAGAUUGUAACUCAUCGCGAACAUAAUAAUGACAAUCUAUUUCAGUAUGUUUGGUUCGUUCAUGAAAAACAAGACUGUAGACAAUAUACAAAGUUGUUUGGUCCGUUCUCAAAACGGUCAUUGUCAUUGAUCAUUUUUCAGCCUUUGCUGAAGAGCAAGACACAACAAGUUGACUUUAUUUUCUCCACGUAUAAUUUGAAUUGAAGAUCGUUCUACCAUACAAGUAAAAUAAUAUUUGUAAUGAACUACAAUAGAUAGCUUUGUUUCAUAUUCGUACCAAUAGAUAUUUGUAUCAAUAUUAUUUCAUUAAUCUAUCUGUUUUGAACUU